UCAUGGGGCUGAGGCGUUAGGGGGCGGCAGCGGCCAUUUUGGAGCGGAGCGUGGGGCGGCCGGAGCGGAGGGACCGGAGGGCUCUUCCCGGCCCCGUCAUGGCGGCCGCGCUCGGUACCGGCGGCCGCGGGCAGGAGGCGGGGCAGGAGAAGCAGGCCAUGCAGCACAAGGAUCCCAUCGCCCCGGAGCGAGCAGAGGAGCUCAAGCUCAAGGCCAAGUACCCCAACCUGGCGCAGAAACCCGGGGGCUCCGACUUCCUCAUGAAGAGGCUGCAGAAAGGGCAAAAGUACUUCGAUUCGGGUGACUACAACAUGGCCAAGGCAAAGAUGAAGAACAAGCAGCUGCCAAGCGCGGGGCCGGACAAGAACCUGGUGACAGGAGACCACAUCCCCACCCCGCAGGACCUCCCGCAGCGCAAGUCCUCGCUGGUCACCAGCAAGCUGGCAGGGUAACCUGUGCCUGCAGCCCUGCCUCCCCUCCUCACCUCCUUCCCCUGCCUCAACGGACCCAACCUCGCUGUGCCCUAGGGCCAGGAGCACCAGCAUCCUCAUAGGUCCUUGAGCAUCCCAGCAAACACAGCCCAAAGCCUGGAGGACACCAGAGGUGCCAGCAGGACCCAUGGGCAGGUUUGAUUCAGCUGAGCCUGUAAGAGACCCACGGUUCCUGCCUUCGUUUUCCUGCUGUUUGGAAGCCUGCAGAGCCCCAUGGGCGCUGUCUCCUCACAGGGAGAAGCAGGAAGGGGCUUGGAGUCGUUGUUUGGUGCUGGGUAGGAGGAGGGAGUGCUUGGAGCUGAGGUGAAGGGGUGGGACAUGGGCUGGAUCUUGGGAAUGAAGGAGCAAGUGGAUGUGUGGAGAUGCUGCUCCCACAGCACUGAGCUCCUAGGAGGGGACUGUGCAUCCCACGGUGCUGGGACUGGGUCUGGAAAGGUCCUGGGGGCUUGAAGCUGCUCUGGGUAGAGCCUGCAUGCAGCUGUGGGGCAGGGGAUGCUGUGGGGCUCAGCAGCAGGGCUUGAGGCAGUUCCUGCCCCCAUGGGCUGCUGGAGGUGCUGAGCUGGAUGCCAGCAGCAGCAAGGUGAUGGGGACACCAGAGGUGGGCACAGGGAGGAUGCAGCAGAGCCACAGAGCAGGGAGGGGGAGGGAGGAGCAGCGUCCAGUGCCCCACACUUGGGUUGCUUUCUUUUCCCUCUCUCUUCUUGCCCUUUGCCUUUUCUUCGCUCUCAGCCUGGCCAAAAGCAACCGAACCCCAAGCAGGCAGCGAGUCGGCUGCGAUGCUGCAGCCUGUGCGCUCGGUGCACAUCCUGCCUGCUCCUCAGGCACCACCCAGAGGCUCAGCACCUCCUGCCCUGUGCUCAGCGCCCCCAUGCCCGCUCGGAGAGCCCUUCAGGGAGUGCAGUUCUGCUUUCAUUGUGUGCGGAUGCAGGGGGGGUCCCAGGGCAAGGGGGCAGCGGGUGAUGCUGUGCAGGGCACAGCGUGUUCCUGCCUGUGGGGCUCCCAACCUGCCUGACGGCUCCGUGCUGCCCAUGGGGGUGUUUGCCAAGGGCGUGCUUGGAGCUGCUCCCAUCGGGCACCCGGAGCUCCCUUCCCAGCUUAGGGAGCAGGCAAAGGAGCUUUGCACACCCCCGGGGACGUGGCUCUGGCUGCAGCCUCCCUGCUCCUGCCUGUCCCAGCCGGGCUGUGAACAGACCUGAAGCCGAUGGAUCUGUACCGAUAAAUACAUCUAAUUUUGUACUCGUGGA